CUGGAGAGAGGGAAGAACGAGCGCUCAGCAUUUCGCUGAUUUUCAAGUGCACACUGAGCAGCGCGUCAGGCAGUUUGGGUCAGAACGCGCCUGAUUCCGACUUCGGGCGAAGGCAGAGGCCAGCACAGGUCACCGAUUCAGAGCCGGGGGCGGGGCCGACCACACACGCUGUGAGACCCUGAGGCCGAGGAGCCGCGGGUUAGAAAAUGUGACCCUGGCGACCCCAACGCCCCCGCCUCCCUCCCUGCUGCUCCACCUGCACGCGGAGCGCGCCGAGCCGCCAGCGGAGGCGAUGGCCAGCCCCGCGCCCUUAGUGGCCUCCAUCAGCCACCAAAUGGUGGCUCUGCAGACCUUGCAGCUGCUGCAGCAGGAGUGGGGCUGGGGGGACGGUCCAGGCGCCCCCGGGAACCCGCGGGACCCGGAGCACGUGUCCACCGCUCCAGCUCGUCGCUCAGGCCCGCCGCGGGCCCGGCCAGGGCCCUGGCGCGAGGAGCUGGGCGGGGGCGUGGGGACCAGGAAUCGGGGGACCGCGGCCCGGACGGGCUCCCCAGAGGAGGAGGUAGUGCGGGGCGCUGAGGGGGGCGCCGAAUUGCUGCCCUUCCCCCGGGCCCGCGGGCCCUGCACCCUGGCCGGGAUGGCGAUGCGCAGCGCGCUAGCCCGCGUGGUGGACUCGACUUCGGAGCUGGUCAACGUGGAGCAGACGCUGCUGGGGCCCCUCCAGCAGGAGCGGUCCUUUCCCAUCCACCUGAAGCUUCAACUCCUGGCUAAUGAGUGAAGAAGGUCACUGUAGGAGUGUGAGGACCAUCAGGAGCUUCAUAUUUCAAUAACCAGCGCCAAAUUCUGAAUGCCAGAUGGGAUGAGAUGCGAUGUUAAACCGCUUCUUAUUACCACGUUGUUGGCCUCCAUUGCCUCCGUAUUGUUCUCCAAUUGCAUGGUCUCUGUGGAUCUCUGACUUCUUAUUACCUCUGAUUGGAAUGCGCCACAAAUCAUCCUGCUUUCUUUAUCCUCUCUCACCUCCAAGUAAUCCUGUCAUCUUGCUCCAGUUAGAGCCGCUUCCAUCAAGAAGAUCAUGACAAACUCUCUCCCUAUGCCUGUUUGCUCUUCAGGAAAAUUAUCCCCUGGAAAACUGGAUGUUAUAGUUGCUUUUCAGAAUGUAUUGUCUGAAUUUCUUCUGUCUUCCAACAUUCCCCCAAGUCAGUUACCUUUGCAUUGAAGUAGAAUUCAAAAGAAGAUAGAGGUUCUGAAUUUCUUCCUUUGACCAGAUGGAAGUCGUUACAUCAGAAUGCUGAUGACUGCAAAAUCUUGGACAUAUUGUUUUCACAAUUAGGAAAUGGCAAACACAAAGUUCUUCAGUGCAAAGCCAGCAUGCGAGUUCAGCUUCCAUUUGCUGCUAUAAAUUUUGUUCUUGUUGCUGCCAGUAAACACCAACUGUUCAAGUGAAAUAGUAAAUCCAAAUGUGCCUGUUGGAUGAGAGUAAAAAAAUUAUAUGCUGCAUAAAUGCUGAUGUGAAAGGAUUUUUCAACACACUAAACCAGGGUAGGAGAAGGAACUGAGAAAGUUGAACUGAAUGCAGCUCUCACUAAAAACUUCUUGGUAAAAGCACUACAAAGCCUCUUGAUAGAAUGUUGAUUCAACAUACUGUUUAAACCUCAAGGAAAAAAACAAACGCAGAUUUGGGAUAUCAGCCUUAGGAUAUCUGCCGAAAGUCCUACUUUGAGCACUCAUCAGGGUUACCAAAGAAGGCAUACACAGAUUGUUACAAAUCGGAGCAAAGAAAAAUCCCGAAGUUCACUCAAAGCUGAUGUGGGCACUUGGCCCAGAAGUUGUUUGCUAAUGAUCAGUCUAACAACUGAAAGUCAAAGUCAGUACUAGCUAGUACCAUGUGCAACAGGAUUUAGGAAGUUUUGAUCUCACAAAUUUACUGUAAGGCUAAGAAUCAAUGAAUGUUUGUACUCAGGUCUCCCUACAGUUAAAUUUAAUUUGUAACUGGAAUUACGAUUUAAAGAGAUAAUUUCAUAAAUGGUCCCUGAAAUUUAAUUUUGGAUUACCUAAGUUUACAAUGGGUUUCUCUUCUCCUUUCCCCCAUCAUUUUUCUUAUGC